AGAAGACGCACGACACACACACACACACGCACACACACAUGUACGUAACACGUUUGAUCUCAACAACAAAGAAAGAAGGAAAAAGCAUACUAAUGCAAGUUGUUUUUCUCGUUGUGGUGCACCUCGUGGUCACGACGGCCCUGCUGGGGUACAUGGCGGAUGUUGUGAUGCCCUUCUACGCCUAUCGCAGCGACGACACGCCCACCUCCUCAAGACCGUUCACAUCCACAACGACACCGAUUGCGUGGUCCCAGCGUCCUCUAUUUCUUGUCGCGGACGAAGGCCAACACGCAAUGCAGCUGGCACAGCAUCUGAUUUACACGGAUGCGACCACCGCGACGGCCCUCAACGCCUCGGUCGUGCUGCACAGCAGUGUCUUUCAUCUUCUUCUCGCCGGCGUGACGUUUGUGAUGUUGACACGCGUGGUGCCUGCCCCGUACGGCCGCCAUGCGCAGCGGCUGCGCUUCCCCCUCACGCUGCCUUCACGUGUCAGUUGGAUCUUGCAGGAGAGCCCGACGUUGAUGAACGUUGUCUACUUCGUUGCGCUGGAGUUCCCCCGUGCGAUGGGCCACGGCCCGUUAACACCCUUCCGCCACAGACGCAGCGCCGAUGCAGCGCUCUCGUCCUCUGCGGCUGUUUCGGGGCAGACCCACCCCCACCUCUAUGGCCACUGCUCCUCUUACUGGGAUUGCGUCUGGACGGCCUGCACUCAGCAGCACCUCGCUCUGCUGCUCUUUGUAAUCCACUACGUGCAUCGAAGCUGGAUUUACCCGCUGUCCAUCCCCGCCAGCGCGCACCGCGUCCCGCUGCUCGUGACGUGGUCAGCGACGCUGUACUGUCUAUUUAACGGGCGAUUGCAGGUGCUGGCAAGUGCGAGUGCCGCCGCCGCCGCAGCAGCAGCGGCAGCAACGGAGAGCUCCGCUGGUGUACUUCGACCUCCCUCUACGCAGCUGCUGCGUUGCUGGCUUGCAAACAACUGCACGAGCCUCGCCACGUCGGCUGUGUCUCGCCAGCGGCUUGUGUGGGCGGCGGUGAUGGCGGUGUACGUGGUGGCGUUGUUUGCCGGGUCCGCCCUCUUCUUUUACGGUCAGUGGAUCAAUGUGAAGGCUGAUUACUACCUGGUCAGCCUGCGUGAGGGGAAGCGCCUGACGGGGGUGUCGGGGAGGGAUGACAGCCAUGCGCAGCAGGCGGACAAGGACACCAGCAACAACAGCAAGGGCGGCUACACGAUCCCUGUUGGUGGGUGGUUCGAUCAAGUCAGCUGUGCGAACUUUUUCGGGGAGUUGAUGGAGUGGGCCGGCUACGUGUUCGUGAUGGCGGCGACGACUGCAGGCGCAGACUGCGGGGAGGUCGCACAACUCGCCUCGGCCAGCUCUGGCACGUACGCCAACUCGUCGUUCUCGAGCAGUUUUGGAGCUUUACGUAUUCUGUCGCUUCCUCCUCUUUCUUUUACGAGUUUCGUGCCCUCUUUGCCGCUCGCCGCGGUGCUGCAGAUUUUUGUGACUCCCUACGCCUUAGCGGCGCUGAGCUUCUUUGUGUAUGUGUGGUGCAACCUCGCCCCUCGAGCGGUGGAGCACCAUCGGUGGUACCGCGACACCUUCGGCGUCGCGUACGCGGCGCUGCAUCGCAGAGCGCUCAUCCCGGGUGUCCUUUAA